AUGCUGGGCACCCUCUGCUCUAAGUCCCUUGGGGUGGGAACCAUCCCCGCGCUCAGCCAGCAGGACCGAGGAGGCGCAGAGACGGCGCUCACUUCUCCCCUCGCCUGCCGGCUUUCCAGUAAAGAUGCGCCAGGGAGAGGUGUAGCCUGCUCGGGAAAGGCGGGUGCGGAGCGGGAGCGCGGCCGCCCGGGCCUGGGCGCGGCGGGAGGGGCGGCGGCCGGGCUCGCAGCCCUUGGCCCCGCGGCGGGCGGGGGCGGCUCCUCACUGCACCAACCUGCAGGCGCGGGCUGGCUGGGCCAGCCGCGGCCCCUCCCACCGCACCCCACCCCCGCCGCCGCCGCCGCCCCGGGAGCCGGCCCGGGUCCCAGUAGGUGCCGCAAGGAGCCGGCGAGCGGAGCGCUCGCUCGGGACCGCAGCCGCCGGGCGACGUCGCCGCCGCACCGGGCACUUCUGUCUCCCCGGAGCAGGUUCCCUUCCCUCCCUGUCCCCUCUCAUCCCCCUUCUCCCCGUCCAUCCCCCUCCGCCCCCGCCCCCGCCCCCGCCCCUGCACGCACCUCGCCCUCCCUCCUUCUCCCCGCGCCUCCCGCGAUCGCCCCCUCCCGCCCGGCCGCGCUCCCAGCAGGCGCUCAGCACCCCGCGCUCCCCGCGCCCCCCGCGCCCGCUCGCUCCUCCAGCUCAGUCUCCAGCUCCACCUCCGGCUCCCGCUGGGCCUCCCGCUCCCCCUCCGCGCCCGGCUCCCCGCGCGCCCGUCCCGAGUCCGCUGCUCGCCGGCGGCCGCCCGGUCAUGUCAGGAUGGAGAUCCGGCAGCACGAGUGGCUCUCGGCCUCCCCCCAUGAGGGCUUCGAGCAGAUGAGGCUCAAAAGCCGCCCCAAGGAGCCCUCCCCAAGCCUGACCCGAGUGGGCGCCAACUUCUACAGCAGCGUCAAGCAGCAGGACUACAGCGCCAGCGUCUGGCUUCGGAGGAAAGACAAGCUGGAGCACUCCCAGCAGAAGUGCAUCGUGAUCUUUGCCCUGGUGUGCUGCUUUGCCAUUCUGGUUGCACUGAUCUUUUCAGCCGUGGACAUCAUGGGAGAGGAUGAGGAUGGACUCUCAGAAAAAAAUUGCCAAAAUAAAUGUCGUGCCUGGUGCGGAGUCAACGCUCCAAAGUUGUGAAGCCCCGGCUCUGCCUUCAGCCUGGUGCGGAGUCAACCCUCCAAAGCUGUGAAGCCCCGGCUCUGCCUUCAGCCUGGUGCGGAGUCAACCCUCCAAAGCUGUGAAGCCCCGGCUCUGCCUUCAGCCUGGUGCGGAGUCAACGCUCCAAAGCUGUGAAGCCCCGGCUCUGCCUUCAGCCAGCUUUCACGCCAACCCCACCCAUCGCACAUGCAGACACUUCCCAAGGACUGAAAGCAGCUGAAUGGAGCCAGCACUCUGAAAGCUCAUCACACGCUGGCAGAAGUUUCUGUGGAUGUCAUUAACUAAAGUGCUGUAAUGACUUCCCUUCGGAGCAAGUCAUUUCAUUGUCCUUCAUGCAAUUAGCAAAGGUUUAAAUGAAAGUCGGCCCAAUAAUCUCAUGUUUUCCAAUCAAGUAAAUUCCUGAUGUGCUGUGGGUGGUCAUGGCCUGGGGCUUUUC